ACAAAAAGGAUAUAUACAAAAAUAAUAUAUAGAAAAUCCUCAAAAAAAAUCAAACAACAAAAUAAAAAGAAAAACGCGUGUCGCCGUCGUGUUUCGUCGUUUUCGUUCAACGCGUUUCGAAAAUCCGUCUAUCUUUCGGUUGAUUAUUUCGGAAAUCGUAAUCCAUCAUGCCGAAGAUAUUCUUGAUCAAAAAUCGCCUGCACCAGCAGCAACAGCGCCUUUUGGAAUCCCAGAACUUGCUGCAGCACAAGAGCCAGGAUGACGAACGGUGUUUGGUGCCGCCCUUGAGUCCCAGUCCCAGCGGAAGUCCCAGUGGCAGUGGCAGUAGGAGUGGCAGCGCCCCCUCACCACCCCUUCCACAUCCGUCACAGCCCGAGCCGCAAGGUCAGGCGGAAAAGCCGCAACCAAAUCAGGAUCAACAGCCGCUGAGUUUGACGCGAAAACGUUUCCAUCAUCGUCGUCAUUAUUUCGGACAAUCGCGUCACAGUCUCCCCGAUAAUGGAGCUCCAACUCAAAAUCAAAAUCAAAGUUCUUCGGAAUUGGAAGUCGAUGGCAGCUCUGCGGGUCAAGUUCAAAAUGAAAUUGUCGCUGCAGAAUUGCUACUGCGCUUGAGCAGCCCCAACACCGUACCCACCACCACCACCACCACCAAUAGUAGCUUAUCUACCAAUACCGCCACUACCACCUCCGUUUUAGCCACAAAAGACUGCCCCGAUGAUCUAGAUACAACAACAACAACAACACCAAUAACACCUAAAAUAGUUGAAACAAUAGCCCCAACACCGACAGCAACAGCAACAACAACCACAAGCAUACCAAAGCAGCCACAAGAGGAAGAGGAAGAAGAAGAAGCAGCAACCCUAGAAGCAGCGCCGUCAGCAGUGACAGCGCUAGAUGCAGAGAAAGAGAGGAAGCAGCACGAAGAAGCUGAAGCAGAGGCCGAGGUCGAGGUCGAGGAGGACGAAGAGGACGACGAAGUGGAUGUGGGUGUAGAAGCGCCCCGUCCCCGUUUGGUACUCACCCAGGCCCAGCGCAAAGAGUAUCCCCUACCGGCGCUGCCCCAGGCACAUCCCCUCUCACUCACCACCACCGCCGCCCGCUCACCCGUUUCGGAUUCGCUGAGCGACUCAGACACGGACUCCGAUUCCGAUGGCGGCUGCAAGCUAAUCGUGGACGAGAAGCCCCCACUGCCCGUGGACAAGCCGUUGUCGCUGCGCCUGCGCAGCACGCCGCCACCGGCCGAGAAGCGUCCGAGUCCGCCGCCGCCGCGCGAUCCGGCGCCCGCCGUUCGUUGCAGCGUCAUCCAGCGUGCACCGCAAUCGCACCACAUCCCGACCACACCGAUCUCGCGCGGUUUCCCCCUCGACCAGUUCGGACCGGAGCAACAGGAGCCGAUCGAUUACCACGUGCCGAAGCGGCGAAGUCCCUCCUACGACUCGGAGGAGGAGCUGAACACCAGGCGGCUGGAGCGAGCGCGUCAGGUGCGCGAGGCACGCCGUAGAAGCACCAUCCUUGCGGCCCGGGUACUCCUGGCCCAGUCACAGCGCCUGAAUCCCCGAUUGGUGCGCUCACUGCCCGGCAUUCUGGCCGCUGCAGCCGGACACGGUCGCAGCAGCAGUUCGAACGGUGCCGCCGGCCAGGGAUUCCAGUCCUCUGGUUUCGGUAGCAAUAACAGCUCCGGCGCCGGUUCCGGCAGUGGUCAGAACGCCGGCAGUGGUGCAGGAUCGCCGGGAGCCGGCGGUUUUGGCAGCGGAGCCGGAGGCGGGGGCAUGGGCGGCGGUCGCGACGGGCGUGGCAACUACGGACCCAACUCACCGCCCACGGGAGCACUGCCUCCGUUCUACGAGAGCCUGAAGGGCGGCCAGCAGAGCACGGCCAGCAAUAAUACUGGCCAGAGUCCGGGCAACCAUCAUUCGCACUUCAACGGCAAUCCGGCCAACUUCUUGUCGCUCCAGAACGCCGCAGCAGCAGCGUACAUCAUGUCAGCCGGCGGUGGAGGCGGAGGAGCUGGAUCGGGAGCAGGAGCAGGACCAGGUGCAGGUGGCGCCGGCGGUGGAGGUGGCGGAGGAGCCGGAGGUGGUGGUCCUGGCGGUGGUAAUGGUGGCUAUAUGAAUUGUGGUGGUGGUUCGGCCCCCGGAAUCGGUGGCAACCAGAACCUCGACGGUAAUAAUCUUUUGAACUUUGCCAGUGUUUCCAACUAUAACGACUCCAAUUCCAAAUUCCAUAAUCAUUCCAAUUCACAAUCCUCGAUGAUGGCGCAUCCCUUUUACGGUGGCAAUCCCUCAGCCUACGGCAUCAUCCUCAAGGACGAGUCGGACAUCGAGUACGACGAGGCCAAGAUCGAUAUAGGUACCUUUGCGCAGAACAUCAUCCAGGCGACGAUGGGCAGCACCGGGCAGUUCAAUGCCAGUGCCUACGAGGACGCCAUCAUGUCCGAUCUGGCCAGUUCGGGUCAGUGCCCGAACGGAGCGGUUGAUCCGCUCCAGUUCACGGCCACUCUGAUGCUCAGUUCCCAGACGGAUCACCUGCUGGAGCAGCUGUCGGAUGCCGUGGAUCUGAGUUCCUUUCUGCAGCGCAGCUGUGUGGACGAUGAGGUCUCCACCAGUCCCCGGCAGGACUUUGAGCUGGUCUCCACGCCGUCCCUGACUCCCGAUUCGGUGUCUGUGACGCCGGUGGAGCAGCACGGCGGCAGCAACACCACCCAGUUGGAUGCCUUGCACGAGAAUCUCCUCAAGCAGCUGACCCACAACAUGGCCAGGAAUACCAGCAGCCAGCAACAGCAGCCGCAGCACGUGCAGCAACAUGUCCCACAGCAGCACAGUGUCCAGCAGCAACAUGGUGUACCGCAGCAGCAGCAGCAGCACAAUGUCCAGCAGCAGCACGUCCAGCAGCAGCAACAGCAGCCGCCGCCGCCCUCGUACCAGCACGCCACCCGUGGCCUGAUGAUGCACCAGCAGCCGCAGCACGGCGGCUACCAGCAGCAGGCCGCCCUGAUGUCGCAGCAGCAGCAGCAGUUGCUCAGCCAGCAGCAACAGUCGCACCACCAGCAGCAACAUGCCGCCUAUCAGCAACAGCAGCAACAUAACCUCUACGCCCAGCAACAGCAGCAGCAGCAACACCACCAUCAGCAGCAGCAGCAGCAACACCAUUUCCACCACCAGCAACAGCAGCAGCAACAGUCGCACCACUCGCACCAUCAUGCCCAUCACGACAACAGCAACAUGUCGCUGCCGUCACCGACGGCGGCAGCUGCUGCGGCUGCGGCGGCUGCUGCUGCUGCCGCUGCUGCGGCCGCUCACCUGCAACGGCCGAUGAGCAGCAGCAGCAGCUCGGCCGGCACGAAUAGCAGCAACAGCAGCAGCAGCGCCAGCAACCUCGACCCGAAUGCCGCCGCCGCGGCAGCAGCCGCCCUCCUGGACACCAAGCCGUUGAUCCAAAGCGUAAGUUGCUCCUCCCUACCCACACAGCCGAACCAAUUUCAGUCACAGCACCAGAAUCAGAGCAAACAGCAGCCACAGCCAGUCCAGUACCAGGAGCAGCAACAGGUAUCCUUGCCGCCAUUGAAGCAUCUCACUGUCUUGAAAACCAGCACCAGGAACACCACCCAGUUCGGGGAUGUGGUGGCCGGCGGCGACUGUCUGGUGAUCAAGCCCGAACCAGAGUCCGAACAGAAGACAGAGCUAACGAAGAUGACCACCGUGGAGUGGCCGAUAAAGGUGGAGAUGCCUCCGGUGGCGGCCAACGCCACAGUAACCUCGGUGGCCAGCGAAGUCUCGCCGCCAGUUGCCGUCAUCAUGCCCACUGGGGUGGCAGGUGGCACCCGAAAGAUGCGCGGUCGCAUCAAAGCGGUGGAAUAUGGCUCCGCCACUGUGACCAUGGUGUCCAAUUUUAAGGCAUCGCCCGAGGUGCCGGCCACGAGGACGGUGCACCGCACCACACUCCGAUCCCUGGCCUCGGCGGCGGCGGCCACGGCAGCAGGAUUGCUGGCGCCAUCGCCGAGCGUCUCGGUCCUGAACGAAAGCAAGCUAUUGCAGCGGCGCUUGGGCUUGCCACCGGAUCUACAGCUGGAGUUUGUGAACGGGGGGCAUGGCAUCAAGAACCCUCUGGCAGUGGAGAACUCCCAUGGUGGCCAUCACCGUAUCCGCAAUAUCGAUUGCAUUGAUGAUCUCAGCAAGCACGGCCACCACUCCCAGCAGCAGCAGCAACAGCAACAGCAGCAGCAGCAGGGCUCCCCGCAACACCAGCAGCAGAGUAUGCAACAGUCGCAGGUGUCCCAGCAGCAGCAGCAACAGCAAUCCCUGCAACAGCAGCAGCACAACCAUCAGCAUCACAGCAACAGCAGCGCCAGCAGCAAUGCCAGCAGUCAUGGCUCCGCGGAGGCCCUGUGCCUGGGCUCCGGAUCGGGCUCGGGAGCGGCCAACGAUGAGUCGGGCAACAACAAGUUCGUGUGCCGUGUCUGCAUGAAGACGUUCUCGCUGCAGCGGCUGCUCAACCGGCACAUGAAGUGCCACUCGGACAUCAAGCGGUAUCUGUGCACGUUCUGCGGCAAGGGCUUCAACGACACCUUUGACCUCAAGCGGCACACACGCACCCACACCGGCGUCCGGCCCUACAAGUGCAACCUGUGCGAGAAGAGCUUCACGCAGCGCUGCUCCCUGGAGUCGCACUGCCAGAAGGUGCACAGCGUCCAGCAUCAGUAUGCGUACAAGGAGCGCAGAGCCAAGAUGUAUGUGUGCGAGGAGUGCGGUCAUACCACCUGCGAACCGGAGGUGCACUACCUCCAUCUGAAGGACAACCAUCCCUUCUCGCCGGCGCUCCUCAAGUUCUACGACAAGCGGCACUUCAAGUUCACCAACUCGCAGUUCGCCAACAACCUGCUCGGCCAACUGCCCAUGCCGGUCCACAACUAGGAUGUGUCCCCAUUUGUCCCCCGAGAGCCUUAGGAUACAGAUCCUACUAGAUAGUAUGCGAAAUAAUUGUGACUUUGAAGUUUUUUGAAAACUGCCUCCCCCCCCCCCCCACCCCCCGCGAAGAAGGUAAACCCUGCCCGGUAAACGGAAACGGAAACGGAAUUUUUGGAGAUUAUGAUUAUGUAUAUUUUUGCCUAGCUUUUUAAGGAAUUUAUCGUUAUCGAAAUUAUAUAUAUAUAUAUAUAUAUAUCGCGAUAUACAUCAUUGCUAGCCCCAGCCCACACACUCACACACACACACACACUCACAACGCGUUCAAGGAGCUUGCUUUUUGAUCCUUAAUCCUUAAUGUUUUGUAGUAAAUCUUGAAUUUUACGUUUAUUGAUUUUUUUUCUUUUUUAUAUAAGAACUGCUUUCUUAGUCAAAAAAUUUUCGUUUAUUAUUUAAGAUAU